AUGGAGAGCUGGGAGCUGCGGGGAGGACGUGCGGUGCCCAACGGGGCUGACAGAAUCCGCUGCGUGUUCCCCUCGCGCAUCGCUGCGGAGCGGGGUGCCCGGGAGAGAGCGCCCGGGGGUCUUGGGGAGGGGGCAGAGCUCCUCACGAGCAAGGAGGAGGUGCAAUGUCUGGACUGCGAAGCAACACACCUGCUCCUCCUCUCCGCUGACGGGAAGCUCUCAGAGCACCGGCCUAAAGCUUCGUCUAACCACUUUGAGACGAGGCCGCUGACAGAACUAGGAACCCGACACAUUGUCCAAAUAGCCUGUGGGGACUAUCACUCCAUCGCGCUGUCUAGAGGAGGCGAGCUCUUCGCAUGGGGCCGGAACACCCACGGGCAGCUCGGAGUGGGGAGCCAGCUCAGCAGCACUGGAGAUCCGCAGCUCGUGGAGGGGCUGAAGGGCAUCGCGCUCGCCCAGGUCGCUGCAGGAGGAGCUCACAGCCUCGCCGUGUCGGUGUCCGGUGCUGUGUACUCCUGGGGGAAGAACGACUCUGGGCAGCUGGGACUCGGACACACACAAGGCAGGGACUGCCCAUCAUAUAUUAGAGCGUUACAACACUGGAAGACUGUGUUUAUCUCGUGUGGGGCAGAUCACACCGCAGUUCUCUCCAAGGACGGGCUGGUGUGCACCUUUGGAGCGGGAGAGGCUGGACAACUUGGUCACAACUCCACUCGCAACGAACAAACCCCUCGCGUGGUGGCUGAGCUGUGGGGAGCAAGAGUGUCACAGGUGGCCUGUGGAAGUCGACACACUCUCGUCUAUGUCCCCACCUUGGGCAAAGUCUACUCGUUUGGUUCAGGAGAAGAAGGACAGCUGGGAAAUGAGGGCAAGUCUAAUCAGCUGAUACCACUUCCAAUCAAUUUACCUGUGGAGAACAGAAAACAUAAUCAAGGGAACAGUACGUCCCAAAAGGAGAUUAAAAUUAUUGCAGGAGGAAAUCAAAGUAUUGUCCUGCUGUUGAAGAAAAAUAAUUGCUAUGUUAGUUUGGACGGAAUUGCUACUGUGAAGGAUGCAUGGAUUUCUGACCCUGAUCCGCAGAAGUGGGGGGACACCAAGACUGUUAGUCUGAUCUUUUCAUCUGAGGCCUGCAUCAACGGAAGUUUCUUGGAAAAAAGAUGGGACAAACAUUUCAGAACAUCUAAAGAAGUCUCAGGUGUAAACUUGUCAGCAGUGCUACAUUUUUACAGGAAUAUCAGCUGCAAGCCUGGGAUUCUCCAAGAGGUGAAACAGAAAAUUAUGAAGUUGCUACUAUCACUGCCUUCCUCUCCCAUCUCACCUGAAAACUUCAGGAUCUACUUGAUCUUACCUUUCCUUUUGCGGAGAGAUGACGACACCUCUUACCAUUGUCUUAGUCUGCUAGCAGAAGCCAUCAUGAAGCUCCAGGCAAAGGACCUGCAAACUCUUGAAUCCUUGUGGUCAAAUCUAGAGCCUUGCUUCUUCGAAGAGCUGGUCAGCACCUACCAAUGGGCUUCCCAGAACAGCCUGUUUCAAUACAUCAUGGAAGUGAUGUGUUUCCAAAGGAACCUCUCUGAUCUGCGCUGCCACAAAAGAGCAAAUCUGAGGCUAUUACAGCUUCUUUUCCAGGUGAACUCCAGGGCUGGUUUUGGAAUGGCCCAAAACAACUUUUACAUACCUGAAGUGAAAACUCUUAUAGAAAUUAAUUACUGUGAGGAUGUGAAAAAAGUAGCUCUAUGGAAGCUGACCAAAUACCCAUGCAUCUUUGACAUGCAAGAUAAGAUUGCAGUUCAUAAUUUAGAAUACAACGCUCUGCGCACGCGCUCCUCAUUUAAUGUUGUAAACCCUGUAGCGGUAAAACACACAGUAUGGGCUUUUGUGGUUAGAAGACAAUACCUUCUGCAUGACAUAUGGUACAACUUAAAAAAUGCACUACCUGAGAACUUCACAAGGAUCCUACAAUCUCCCAGCGAUACCUUCUUCCUGGUGGGGACGCUGCUGGGCAUGGCGCUGUGCAAUGCAUGCACAGUGCCCUUGCCCUUCCCCAGAGCACUCUACAAGAAGCUGCUGCGCCAGCCGCCCACGCUGGAUGACCUGAAGGAGCUGCUGCCCACAGAGGGCAGGAAUCUUCAGAAGAUUUUAGAUGAGGAACACGAUGAUGCCAUCAAGGGCCUCAACAUGUACUUCAUGACAACGGAAGAAGAAGGAGAUUCCACAGUUGAUGUUCAACUUAAAGAAAAUGGUGCCAACAUUGCUGUCACAAAGCAUAACCGGAAGGAAUUUGUUGACCUGUAUGUGAAUUACGUGUUCAAUGAAUCAGUUCAGAAGCCCUUUGAGGACUUCAAGAGAGGGUUUUCAAGAGGCUGCCCAACUAAAAAGUGGAGGAUGUUUCUGCCUGGGGAGCUCCAGACUGUUCUCGAGGGACACGUGAACUGUGACUGGCAUAGGCUGGAAAAGAAUGUAAAGUACAUAAAUUACCAGAAGUCAGAUCAAGCCAUCAAGAAUUUUUGGAAUGUGUUUCACAGACUCUCAGAAGAAAAAAAGAAAAUGUUUCUUGCCUUUUUGUCAGGAUCUGAUCGAAUCCCUGCAACUGGCCUGGAAUAUUUUGAAUUUUAUAUUGAAGAUCCUAAAAUUAAAGAUCCAGAUAUAUGCUAUCCUUUUACCAAUACUUGCAGUCUCAUUUUGUCACUCCCCAGAUACAGCUCUAGAGCAAUACUCCAGGAAAGGCUCCUCUCUGCCAUAUUGCAUUGUGAGAAAUUUGGCUUACAAUAAC